AUGUCAGACACUGAAUCUCAGACAACUCUUGAAGACGUCUCCUUCUCCAAAAUCUUGGAGAUCCUUGAAGUCGCUGCAGAGGAGUCAAUUGCGAACAAGGAUUAUCUUUCCUACUCUACCGUGCUAGACAUAUACUUGGGCCAACCUUCUCGCUACUCGUACCCAGAAAGAGAAGAGAUUUUGGCGAAAUUACUCUCAAUCUUGGAUGAAAACCAUGUAUUGACUUAUGAGAUCGGGUGGGACUUGCCUCACUUGAUUAUUCCAUAUAUCGACCUGGAUUACGAUUUUGAGGGUCUGAUUAGAGCUUCGCCUUGUGUUUAUAAGAUCAUGAAGUUAUUUGAAACGUUGGCUCUUCAUGGUAACCCAAAGGAGUUGCUCUUGAAGGGUUGUGAAUUACUUUCCACCCUAAAACUUUCAGAUCUGGAAUCUGUAACUUCUGAUCAGUACCUUCAAGAAAAGUUCUUCAACAUCAAAUUGUAUUGUAUUAUGGAACUUCUUACUCCUUGUAUGCUGAAUAUCAAGUCCUUUUACCCAUCAAGGUUCUUGUCUAUGAUAUUCACUGCAUUCAUCAAUAUGCUAAAUCAGAAUCCUCCUCCAACUACCACUCUUGCUAAUUUUCAGAUUAAGAGAGCGUAUUCUUUAGCUAGGAAUUACUCUCCUCCUUUGCCAACUCCUGAGCUCGUGAAGGAGGCGCUGUCUCAGGGAAUCGAUUUGGACAAGGUCAAUGUUGAAGAAAACGCCAUCAUAAGGAAGCUACUUACAAGUUUCAUAACUUGUACGGUAGAAAUCGUAUUUAAGGACCAUAUUGAGGGGUAUUCACUUGAUCUUGUAAGCUAUUUCCAGGAAUCCAAGAGAGACCAGUUACAAAAAUAUUUUGAUUUUAGAGUAACCAAUGAAUCUAUGGAUAGAGCAUUUUUAUUGAGUCAAUCGUUUGAUAUUGACCCAGAGGAAAGAUUUGUUGAUUUUGUGAAGGAAAGUCAUAAGAUUUUCAAACUGGUGGACUACACUAAGGAUGAUGAGGACUCGCCAAGUACCAAACUAUUCGAAUAUGUACUUGUUGACUAUCAGAAGAAUAUUUAUACUUCACUUAUAAACGCAGAGAAGAAAAUUGCGGAUUCACAAUAUGGUAGUCUUAUACUUUACACUCAUUUCAUCACCAAGUACCAUAAUAUAAAGGAAAUUGAAUUCACAUUUGAAGAUGCAAUUGCAUUAACUUUGAGACUAACCAUCCCUGGUAUGAUUCAACUGUCAUUCAAUAAUAGGGGUGUACAUGACGUUCUGGUAUUCUGGUGUUGGGUUGCUAUCAAUGCUCUGUCUGCUAGCGAAUUGGAAGAGGAGAUCGCUACCAAGAUACCUCCUGUUCUACUUAAGCUAUUCAUCCAGGCACUCUUGUUUAUCGUUAUAUCCAGUCCUACCAAUGGAAAUUUCAGGUAUUUGAUAAUGUCCUUAUUGACGAGGGUUCUAAGCUUGAGUCCUGAGAAUAUUACUUACGACUUUUUGACUGAUAGCUUGGAAAAUUGUCCAUACGAUAAUGUGCGAGUUGCCUUGGGAGGAGUGUUGAGAGAAUUGAUGACUAAGGAUAGAGAGAAUAUCAGUGACAAUGAGUUGGCCGCCAAACUUAGCUCGGUAAAGUUACUGACGGAGGAAAAGGUAGGCGAUGAAAAGAAGGUAGGAAAAGAAUCUUCAGAUGCCAAAGUUGCACCACCACUUCCACGUCGUAAAUACAUCACGUUGACUAAGACUAGAGCUGACCAAAUCCUUGACAUCACAUCUAAAACACAUUCGCAAACCUUCAAAUUCAGCCCAACUUCUGCUAAUGUGGACAUAUCUAAACUUUCAACACUCUCCGCCUGCUUAAACCUCCUCGUGGUGAUAAAGUCAAAUACAAGUGUUGAUCAAGAGAAGCUUACAAGUAUUUUGGAGUCAGUCUUGCGCUCAAUUGAAAAGGUCAAAACUUUAGAAAAGGACGACGCUGACAAAGUCAAUGCUGUUGAUAUUUUGUCAAUUGCUGUUGAGAGAAUUAAAAGUAAAUAG